AGAGUGAACCACUCUAUGGAUUCCAACAAGUCGACAGAGAAAGCUGUGUUCGAACGGAAAUAUAGUGGCUGCCUCAACAAGAGAGAAAUAGCCCGACUUAGAUCACAGCAGACCAGGCUGAAGGACCAAAGACGAGAAACUUCGAUGAAUCUGUGGAUUAUACUGAUCAUCACUUGGAUUAGCAUCUCCGUUGUGAUAGCUGACCCAAAGUGGUUCGUCCAUGAUUAUCCCCUUGAUGGGGGGGAUAAUGAAGAUCUAUUCUCAAGCGAGCAUCUACUACCAGUACAACUGAAGAAACAAACAAAUCCAAAACCUGACGCUCCUCAUAUAAAACCAAAACCACAGGCCCUAUCGCAUGUGACAGAUACUAAAGUCCAUAAGAGUCCAGAUAAACCUAAAGCUAAACCAAAACCUAAACCAGCGGCCAAACAGGAAGUGAAUGAAAUUGAAUCAGAGAAUUUGAUCCCAGUACACAAAAAACCCGCAUAUGCCACAGGCAGGAAACCACUUCAGGCUGCAGAUGAUCACAAGCAGAGAGUUGAUGUUAAAACUGUCAAGACCGACAAAAAACCAUCCCAUGUAUCUAGUCCGCAAAUCCUUGAUGAAGAUGAGCCAUGUGACCCAGAAACCGAUAUGGAUUGUCUCCUGGAGACAGAGGAACUCAUCCUCGUUGGCAAGAAGAAGGUGGUGAAGCCAGCUGCAACAAAGAAGCAGAGCCAACCCGUUAUCAAAAACGACUUGGUGGAACAAAUGAAGAAAGAAGAUGACAUCAAACCAGAAGUUAAGAAACAAACUGAAGUGGAAAAGUCGGCACUUCACAGAAGACUCCUCCAGAGAGAGGGAGUCAAACCUGUCCUCCCUGAGAAGCCUGUUCUGCAGCCUCUAUUGGAAGAGGUUGAGGAGGAGGUGGAUGAAGAUGCUCUUGAGAACGAGAUCUAUUCUAACGAUCAACAAGCCGAGGAGAUCAUUCGGAGAUUCAAGAGACAGAUUCAGCCAGAUGAUGUUAUUGGUUCAGGAGAUGGAGGAGGAGCCAGUUUCAUGCCUACAACAAAUACCACAGAAGACCCGACGUUCAAUAUGCAGUUCAGCACGACCCUGGACAAACAACACAAUCAGCCUCUGACACCGGAAGAAAUAGCGAACUAUAUUCAGACCUUCACUCAACAACUCAACAAUAUUUUUGGCGGGAUAAAUGGAUCAUUGGAAGCAGUUGUGAGGAAUAUUCGACUUGACGAAAACAAACGCGUGACGGCUGAUUGGGAUCUGGUGGUCACUCUCACUGGGGCCAGAAGCAACACGGACAAUACGCAGACCCAAGACCUUCUUGACCAGCUGGUCCGAGUUGGCGUACCUGCCAUCAACAACAUGACCAUAAACGACGAAGUGGUAUAUUCAGAACUCAAUGGUCUUGUCGUUGGAGAAGCAGCCAAGCUUUUGUUAACGGAUGCAUGUAAAGCAGAAAACGCUUGUCCCCAAGAAUACACGUGUAUUCGAGACCAGGCUUCGUUAACUUACUGCCAACAUAAGUGCUACAGCACAGGGCUGUUUGAUCAAUGUCAGCAUGGGGGCGCCUGUCAGAUCAACGACAACUACGAAGCAUAUUGCCAAUGCGGUACUGGAUAUUCCGGGUCAUUAUGUGAGCAGGCCCCGGCGACCCAGGACCCGUCCUACACCACAGGCCAAAUUGUAGGUGCUGGUGUCGGUGCUGCCGUGAUGAUCAUGGCAACGACGGCGUCCUGCAUAUACAUUGCGUUCUUCAGGAAGAAGAAGGAAGAGGACAUGGAUUACUCCUACUUUGGUGACGAUGACUCCUCCGGUCCCGGCGCCUUCAAUGAUGCUGAUAAUGCUCUCGGAAUUAGCAGCUAUUAUAUCGAUCGUCCUAGUGUGAGUUUGACGCCCCUGGAUAUAUACCAUCAAACAGGAACGCACGCCUAAGUCGGAACAUUGAAACUAGGAUAACAAAUUAUUACUUGCUCAAAUGUGACGAUUGUCCCAAAAGAGGCUUAGCAACCGUUGCUAGGCUAUUGGAUGGAGUGGAGAUGGAUCUUGUUUCCUUGGUGUUUUGACAACCAGUUUCGAACCAAGGAAACUCGUUGAAACCUGAUAUUUCUCAAGGCAGCUAAAUGGGACGAUCGAAGAGUGCGAGUUCCACGCUCUGCACGUACUGCACGUGCAUGGCACGUGACAGGAAACGGAACCAGUGAACUGAUCUCAGUGGGCGCAAAACCGCACGUGGGCCCUUGGGCAGCUGAAAGAUGCAAUAAUACGGAGACUACACUGCAUAGUCCUAGGUGACCAUGUAAAGGACCAAUGUUACUGAGGGAUGUGUUAGACAGAGGACGUAUAAUCCCACCCUGUAGUCGUAAACGAUCACGCUUUAUACAGUCACGUUGUUGGAGUGAGUGAGUGAGUUUAGUUUUACGCCGCUUUUUGCAAUAUUCCAGCAAUAUCACGGCGGGGGACACCAGAAAUGGGCUUCACACAUUUCACGUACUUGGAUAAACAAUGUCAAUGAUGCCAUCUCUCGAUGUGAACCAAAACCAAUAUUUGUAAUAAGAAGACAAAAUCGGAACUAUAUUUCAUUACAAUGCAAUACACAGUCAUAUGUGUUCAAAUUUUUGGUGUUCCAAGUUUAGGUGUUUCAAUUUUUAGUGUUCCAAUAUUUGGUGUUCGAAUUGUAGGUGUUUCAAUUUUCAAGUAAUUUUCAAAAUUUCGUUUUUACGUCUUGGUCGUAAAAUGACAAAAUGACGUAGUUUAUAUUGAGGGAUGUGAUGAGUCUCAAGGCUUUAAUUUAUAAUUCUAGUGCCACUUUUGCCAAAAAUAUCUUGCUCACCACGGGUAUUCCUCUCUAAAGGAGGUUGGUACUGCAAUAUUUUUGUGUACCGAUCUAGCUGUAGUGAAAUGUCUCAAAAUGAACGAUUCUGUGAUAUUCCAGCAUAGUCUUCCAUAUUUCUUUACACAGUGAAUCAUAUUCCAGUUAUUUGGCCGAGGGAAUUAGCUUUGAUUUAAAACAAAAAUUAAAACUGAUUAUAACCAACCACCGCUUUAUACGAGUAUUCUAUAAAAUAUGUAAUUUCACUUUGCGAUAAUUGAUUAUCUUUGUGGGAGACAUUUUAGUCGUUUUGUACAAUUCAAUAUUUAGUCUUCUUUCUGAGAAGUUGGGGUUGCAAUGAAAUAUAUCUCUAUAUUUGUUAUGUUAGACAUUUUAAGUUAUUGAACAUUGUAUAUUUGUCUUGUAAAUUGUAUAUGAAGAUGUAAAUAUUGUAAAUACAUAUUGAUAUAUCCCGGUGCAAUAUUCAUAUGUAAAUAGACAUCACUGUUGUAUACAUUCACACGACAUAUCUCAUGGCCAUAUUGAUAUGAUAUUUAUUAAAUGUUUUGACGUACUUGA